GCAGCGUCACUCUUUACUGCUACGCAGUCCGCUACCUUUGAUCUGCCGACUUCAGCGCGAACAACCCUUUCGGCCAUCUUGAUCAUACAUCCGGUAGCAUGUCUGUUCACCCUCAUUAUGCUGGGCAUGUCCGUCGCUGCUCAUUUCCAUGGCCCCUCUCAUUCAUCUCGCUACCUGCUCGUCCUUUUCAUCGUCGGCAUUAUCACCUUCUUACUGUGUCUUGUUUGUUUCUUAGUUGAUGUUCUACUUUUCGUUCCUCACAUGGCUUGGGGUUCCUACAUUGUAUGCGCCUCUACAGUCCUUGUGGCGAUGAGUGGACUUGUUUCGUGCGCUAUGCGCCGUACUGUUGUUAGCAGAAAAGCAAGGAAGAAGCGUAUUGCUGAGAAUGCCGAAAUGAGUGGUGAAAACUACUACAACAGGGAAGCUCAGCGCGAUGUCACAGCUCCUGGCGCAUCAGUCAUGUCGCCCACCGUGCCUGUCCUCAGCGGUGCGAACGGGCCAGCUGAAAACAAGCUCCCGACCUUUGCGACCUAUGAGCAGAAGAAGGACGAUCGCAGCAGCGACGAACGUAUACCACUUACUGCCACCACUCCUUCGCAAAGAUCUCCGAAUGCUGUUUUUGCCUCCACAGAAGGAACUUACGUCAACGCAAGCGACUCCAGUCCGUCUCUGGCCAGGGACCAAUACGGAAAUCCCGUACAGGCUCCUCAGGAUGCAUACGGCGCCAGGCGAGGACCUCCUUCUGAGCGAUCAAUGAACUCUCGAGGCAGAGGAGGACCACCUCCAGCAGGGUACCGUGGCCGUGGAGGCUAUGGCAGAGGAGGUUACGGUCCUAGCUACAACGGCCCAUCUGGCUCGAGGGGCGGAUAUGGCCCUCCAGGCCGAGGUGGUUACGGCCCACCGAAUGGCAGAGGUGGGUAUGGUCCGCCAAGAGCAGGAUACGGCCCGAACGGCGCACGUGGCGGUCGUGCUCCGCCUUCUAAUUACGGUAACGGAUACGGUCGACCUGCGCCGGAUGUGUACGGCAACUACGGAGCUGCUAGAGACGCAUCACCUGGUCGUGCACCUCCGCCGUACGGCACGAACCCAUCGAUGCCGAGUGUCUCAACUGGAACUGUGGGCAGCAGUGGCUAUGAAGCAUACAACCCGGACCGAGCGAGUGUGAGCGAUCUGCCACGAGCGGAGUCUCCCCCACCAUUGCCCGGUACAGAGAAUGCAGCUUUAGCACCACCUGUUGGCCAGGCAGUAGAAAUGGAUGCUUCUACUGGCAGCCCGGCUCAUCCACCCCAAAAUUUCGGUCAAUUUCCGAACCAGCUCAGAGACAGUGAUGCCGAUGUGGCCGGCAUGCUUGCGCUACAACAAGCCAGAACCAAUGGCCCAAGGCGUACCGACACAUACAUGAGCGAGGGUAGCAAGUACAGCCAAGAGGAAGGUGCAUAUGUACCACCACGUCAAGCGUGGGCUCAAGGACCGGGUCGAAACUCACCGAGGAUGCCUUCACCACUACAUGUUCAGCCACGCAAUGCUGACGGACCUUCCGGCACGGCUCCUUCACAGCCAGUCACUGCAGCUAGUGAUUACUAUGAAGAUGUUGACCCACGGUUCGCAGAACCUUCGGUACCAAGAACACUGCAACCUGGCCCUGGCCCGGAUCCAGCUACCUUUGAAGAUCCCCAUUAUGCAGGAGCUAGAAGCCCUGCUAUUUCGGAGAGAUCGACUUUCACAUCGGUGUCACAGCGGGGUGUGAAUCCACGGUGGAACCCACCUCCCGGCCCGCCGGGCGCUUUCGGUGCACAAAUUCCUCGCAGGCCGGUAAAUCGGAAUGAAGUGAACGUUCUUUAUAGCAACCCGGACUUUCAAAUGCCGAGUAGUCGAGGAAAUAAUGUGCCCGGAAGAGGACGCAUGGACGGGGCUUACCCAGGCUUAUAAAUUUCGACUCAGCAUUUCGCAAUUCACUAUCGCCGCAGCAAACCUAUUUACCGCGACGACCUAAUUGAUGUAUAUUUGAUAUAGACGGAAGCAGGAUACGGCAAAGCUUAUCCUGUUCCAAUGGUAGCCCUGAUACGAGCAAACAUCUUGGAGAGUCAUUUUCACUCGAAACAUGAAAUCUGUU